AGAUGGAAAAUAAAAGCUGUAGCAAAGGAGAGGGGAGGAGGGGGGGAGCGGGCAGGGGAUGAGGUUCGCUCUUCUAUUUUUCCCUUGGAUCCCGCCCUCCUGGUCAGGGGUUGGUCAGGGAAACCCAACUCCCGCGCAUGGAUUGGUCGGCUCUCCUCUGGACGGGCAAAAUAGUCUCCUCACAGACACAAUAAAGUUUAGUGCUGGACGCUUGCAGGCAGUACAGGCGCAAAACCAGACCGCGGUGUCUCGUCGCUGCGCUGCGCUCCUCCACACGGAGCUACUAACGGGAAACAACGCAUGGAGGACUGGGGGAUUUAUUCAAAUAUACUUUUUAAUUGCAGAUGCACGUGCUAUUUUAAUUAAAAACACGCGCUUUUGUUUACGCGUAGAUCCCGCAACGAUUCACUAUUCCUUUCUGGAUAUUUUAAUCUAUUGAAUGGCUCUGAGUGGGAUACUGUAGCCUCCAGAACGCACGGACUACACGCGCCCCCCUCCUGUUGGACUAUAAACACGCGCCGGCGUUUCCAGGGCGACCCGACCUAACUUUGUGUUUGAGGAAAUAUUAACUGUGCCAGCAUUCACAGAGGGCAACCGCUCAGUGUCGCGGUGACCAUGCCCGGGAUGAUGGUGUCGCUCACCGGCGCAGCCUUCCUCCUCUUGUCCGGGCUGGUCGGUCCGCUCUGCCUGGUGCGGGCUUUCGGCGAUGAGGUGGAGGAGAUGACCUGCGACCCGAUCAGGAUCAGCAUGUGCCAGGGUCUCGGAUACAACGUCACCAAGAUGCCCAAUCUGGUCGGCAACGUGCUGCAGUCGGACGCCGAGCUGCAACUGACCACGUUCACACCGCUCAUACAGUACGGCUGCUCCAGUCAGCUCAAGUUCUUCCUGUGCUCAGUGUACGUGCCGAUGUGCACGGACAAGGUGCCCAUCCCCAUUGGCCCAUGUGGUAGCAUGUGUCUGUCUGUCAAGAGAAAAUGCCUCCCAGUGCUCCAUGAGUUUGGCUUCAUAUGGCCUGAGGUGCUCAACUGCAGCCUCUUUCCGCCUCAAAAUGACCACAACCACAUGUGUAUGGAGGGUCCAGGCGAUGAGGACCCACCCUACCAGCCAGUCCGCCAUCCUCCCCACCAGGAGGAGUGUCAGGCCCUGGGAUCUGCACCUGACCAGUAUACCUGGCUGAAACAGACUGAAAGCUGUACUCUGCAGUGUGGCUACGACAGCGGGCUCUACCGACGAGGGGCCAAAGUCUUCACAGACGCAUGGAUGGCGGUGUGGGCCGUGCUAUGCUUCCUGUCGACCACUCUGACGGUCUUGACCUUUCUAUUGGAUUCACAGCGUUUUUCCUACCCUGAGCGGCCCAUCAUCUUCCUGUCUAUGUGCUGUAAUCUGUACAGUGUGGCAUACCUGGUAAGGUUGACUCUGGGGAGGGAGCGUGUUUCCUGUGACCUGGAUGCCACAGCUGUUCCAAUUCUAGUGCAGGAAGGGUUAAAGAGCACUGGCUGUGCCAUAGUCUUCCUCCUCCUCUAUUUCUUUGGCAUGGCCUCCUCACUAUGGUGGGUGAUCCUGACGCUCACCUGGUUCUUGGCUGCUGGACUGAAGUGGGGCCAUGAGGCUAUUGAGAUGCACAGCUCCUACUUCCACAUAGCAGCCUGGGCCAUCCCAGCAGUUAAAACCAUAGUCAUCCUCAUAAUGAGACUGGUGGAUGCAGAUGACCUGACUGGACUCUGCUAUGUUGGCAACCAGCAGCAGGAAGCACUCACAGGCUUUGUGGUGGCUCCACUGGCUUCAUACCUUCUCAUAGGCACCCUGUUCAUCUGCGCCGGCCUGGUGGCUCUUUUCAAGAUCCGUUCCAACCUGCAGAAGGACGGUGCCAAAACAGACAAGCUGGAGCGUUUAAUGGUGAAGAUUGGAGUGUUUUCUGUUCUCUACACUGUCCCAGCGUCCACGGUCAUUGGCUGUUACCUCUACCAGCUGUCUCACUGGGGGGAGUUUAAGGCCAGCACCAGGGACUCGUACGUGGCAUCAGAGAUGCUUCGAAUCUUCAUGUCACUGCUUGUAGGGAUCACAUCAGGCAUGUGGAUCUGGUCGGCGAAAACCCUCCAUACCUGGCAACGCUGCUCUGCCCGCCUGCUCAGAGACAGCAGGGCGAGCCGAGGGGGCAAGAGGGCACCAGGGGAGGGCUGGAUCAAACCGGGGAAGGGCAAUGAGACAGUUGUGUGAGGAGGAAUAAAAAGGGAGCAGACAGGAAUGGACUUCUACCUGCUUCUCUCACACUUAACAGAAACUCACUCUGCCUAACGACGGAUGGCGAGGAAAGAGAAUCAAGAGGUGAGAGGGGGAUGAAUAAUGUGACACAGAAGCGGAGCAGGAGGUUCUCAAAGAAGCCACAGGAUGUAAUGGCAUCAAGAGAAGAUUGCCGAGAGUCCAUGAGCAUGCGUCACCCCUCUAACUGACUCUGAGCCUCUAAAAAGGGGUUAAGAAGGAGACAAGAGGAGGACUGAGUCAUAAAGAAGUAGCAACACUAGCAUCUCUACCUCUUUUAGACUACCUUUGCCCAGAGAUAGAGAAAACAAAAAAAAAAAAAAUGAAGGAGAAAGAGAGACGGAAAAGGCAGAACAGAAGCAUCGAUAUGCAGACCAGACACACCGAUAAGCUGUGUAGCACCAUGUCUACCUCUCUGUCUCUCCUUUCUCCAGAGCCCUCAGCAGAUGAGACUGAAUCUGCUGGAUACAGUGAACCCUUAUGCCGUUGUGUGUUUUUAGGGUCUUUUUGAAGUUUUUAAUUUUACACUGGAGGGUCCUGGUGCAGAUAUUAUACAGAUGUAGGCUGAAGUUUCCCAAAAGCAUCUGACACCUUGAGAGCCCCUUUCACAUGCUAAAAUGAAAGGACAAUGAAAUACCAGACCAAAAGUAAUGAAAUGAAUGAAAUGCAGUGAGUUUACAUUUGAACAUUAUUCUGCAUUUUUUGUAAAUUAUAGUUUUUUGUACAAUUAAAAAAGGUAUUAUAGCUUUUUGGGAAACCAGCACUAAGCUGUAAUGAUGCACUAUAGUUAUAUACAAUAUGUGAAGUGUCUAUACUUGUCACAAGUGGCAGUGGUGGGACUCAUAACAGAUCAUUACAAAGUAUAUUAAUAUGCACAGAGCCAUUAACAGGGAGGGUCUGGUCAGUUUUCAUUAUCUACACAGAAAUGAUGACCAAUGUGGUUUAUUGUUCAAAUGUGUAAAAAACAAUUCACGAUCCCUUUUCUUACAAAUAUUAUGAAGGGCAACGGCAGAUAGAGAAUUUUUUUAUUUUUUUUAUUUUUAUCUGUCUUGUACAUUAAGGUAAAGUCUAUGGUAGAUAUGAAGUCAUACCGCCAUGAAUCAUGGGAGUAGCCCAGCUGUGCCUUUUAUUGACCCAUAAAUGUGGAAGCUGUAAGGCGCCUGGGAAAUGUAGGCCUGUGUGUUUUACCUCAGCAGUCUAUGAGAAGCUCAGCUAACGUCCAGUGAUGUGUGCAGUCUUCCUGGAAACCGUGCACUGUAUACGUUACCAUGAAAUCCAGGAAAUUAAAUUAUUCCCUCUGCCCUCUUUUCCAAACAUCAGACCUGAGGCAGGUUAAAGAAUUAGAUGUUAUUAGACAAUCAUUUGCCAAAAGACACAUUAUGCAGUAACACAGAGCUGUCACAGACACAAGCAUGUGCAGGUACACACACACACACACACACACACACACACACACACACACACACACACACACACUUUCCCACGAAUCUCAUCCAUCAGCUAAUCUAUCACCGAUUUAAGAUCACUAUGAAAAGAAGAAACAGCAAUAAUAACAGAGUGUAGCUGUCAAAACUUUGGCUGUCUGCUUUCCUUCUCAGUCUGUGUCCAUGUAUUGCCUAUUUUUCAAUCACAUAAGCACAAUGUAAUUGGCACUAUUAAUAGGCGUGUCUGUUCUGCCUGCACAUCUGUAUGUCUGAGAGUCUGUUGCUCUCGUUGGCCCACUACCUGCCGGUUCCUCUUUAACCUCGUCUACAUGGCUCAUUUCCCAGACAAUCAAGUCAUCCCUGGAAAAGAUUAUUGUGCAUUACAUUUCAGAAUUUCAUGGAUGAUAGAGAUGAGAUUUUGAUUAAUUGUCUCUAGCGGCACAUUUUGUUGAUAAUAGGCCUUUUCCACCAGGUUAAUCUUGCAGUUUCUCAAUAACUGAGUUUUAAUUACAAUAAGUUGACUCCUUAUGUCUUACCGCUGCAUUCACCAAAUUCCCCAACUGCUCCUGUGUACCGUAUAUUUGCCUGACAAUCUAUCAAGCAAAGCUCUUGUAUUUCAGUGAGUCUUUGAAUGUAUAAUACGUGGGCUGUGUGUCACAUUACGCCUUGUACAGCUGACGAAGAAAAUGUGGUUCUGGGUAAUUUUAAUGUAUAAGGGCUUGAAUAAUUUGGAGCUUUGCCCUCCUGUGUCUCAUACGAAACCAGUUAGUGCCUCACACAGCCUGUCGAAGGUAUUUUUUAGCAAAAUAUUUAGAAUGGGACAGAAAAUUAUUUUUUCCCACAUGUUAAAUGUAACAUCACCCUUAUUGCAUUCAAAGAUACUUUUUGGUGGUUCUGGUGAAACCGAGAACCCUGAAAAACCAGUGUUUCUCAAACCAGCAUACCUUGGCACGCUCAUGAAAUUUCCAAAGUCAAACAAACAUUACAUUGAGUUAAAGUGAAUUAAAUUAACCUCUGACCACCUCCCCUCUGAGCUAAUGCAGUUUCUCCCUUAAACUGUCUUAAUGUUUUGGCAGUCUGCUCUCAUAUGAUCACACUGAGGUUCAGGUGACAUUUCCAAACAAUCACUGAAUAGUUGUGCCUUGAAACACUGUGUAUGUGCCACAGCCUGAUGAAGAUCGAGAACCACUGGUAAUAGAGAUUUGUAAAUGCUUUUUGAGAAGCCCAGAAUCAGUGUUGGCGUCAGUUCACCGACACUGAUCGUAGCCUUUAAGGUCUAGACUGUUCGUUUGUGUAGAAAAACUCAGUGUCUUGAUGAAGUCAUCAAUGUAUUAUAAAGAAAUUGCUAAUUUAUCCUUGUAAAAAAGUGACAAAAAAUUGUAAAACUUGUUUGUUAUUUAAAAAACACUUUUGUAUCAGAAGAAGAUGAAUAAAAACUUUUUGGUUUCCAAUA